GCCGGCUCGGACCAGACGCGGGGCUUCCAGGUGAUCAACCGCCCUUGGACGAUCGCCCAGAUGGUGAAGACGGACGCGUGGCGGGCGAUGGUCCCUGAGGACUACGUCUACAUUGCAGAGACAGACCACCUCCUGCUGCGGGACCUGCCCAACCGAGCGACCCCGGCGCUGAACGUGGCAUUCUUCUUCCCGUACAUGUCGUCCGCGCCGGAGAGGCAGGCGGCGGUCGUGCGGCGAUACUACCAAGGCGACCACCGCGACGUGCAGCCGGUUGGCCCGUCGCCGGCCAUCAUGCACGUUGACACGCUCAAGCGGCUGGCGCCGCUAUGGCUCGAGUUGUCGGUCCGGCUGAAGCGGGACCGCGAGGCGGACGCGGCGCUGGGGUGGGUGCUCGAGAUGUGGGGCUACUCCAUCGCGUGCGCCGCGCUUGGCGUCAAGAACUCUGUCUGGCAGCAGCUGCAGAUCGAGCCCUCAUUAUUACUGAUGAUCGAUUGA